UGGCGGCCUGCCCGCCCACGCGCGUACGGAUGGAACGGGCCAGAGCGGAGACGGCAGGAAGGACGCCGCGGGCAUCUUUUGAAAACACGGCGCCCGCGCUACCGCCUGCCCCCUGUCAUGGGUGCGCAUGGGCCCAGCGUGUGAAGGCCCCCGGGGAAGGGCGUCGCGCCUCAUUUCGCGCAACAUGCAUCCGCGCCGAGCAAGCUCCGCAAGCGUAGCCGAGGGCUUUGGGCGCCUUAUGUGUUUGGCAAAAGGGCGGGCAUGCGAUUCGCACCCAGUGGACAAAUCGCAACCAGCUGCGCACCGACCGGGAGAUCAUGUCUGGGCGCGUGGCCGCGCCGUCUGCAGUCUGCCCGAUGCCGGGGCCGGCCAUUGCGGUUUUUGUGGUGGGUUGCGCAUAUUGGGGCGCCCGUUUGUUCUUUUGGCGUUUGAGUGGAGGAGCCGCGUGCUGCUUACUGAAGAACGGAGAUUCAAGAUGGAAGCCUUUACUGCGGCCAUUGCGAAAAGUGCCGCAGAACAAAUUACGUGGCUGGAGCAAAAAGCUGCGCGCUUAAAAAAUGAACUCUGCGAAGAAAGGAGCCGGCCCGGGCGGCCCAGUGGGACGACGGAACUGCCGCGGUUUUCGCCGCCGCGCUUCCCGAGUGUUUGUUAGUUUGU